AUGGGGCUUUACGCUGCUCUUUACCUCUGGCUCUUCUUCCUCUACUCAUUUCAUAGCGCACCAAUUGUAGAUGGUGUGGGAUGCAACUGGGGGGUCAAAGCUUCCAACCCCCUCCCUCCGGACAUCGUCGUCAGGCUUCUUAGAGAUAAUGGUAUCAACAAGGUGAAGUUGUUCGAGGCCGAGCCCUUGGUUCUGCGGGCUCUCGGGAGGUCCGGAAUCGAGGUCAUGCUCGGCGUUCCGAACGAGUUCCUCGCCCCGCUCGCGAGCAGCGUUUCCAUCGCCGAGCAGUGGGUGAUGCAGAAUGUUUCCGCUUUCAUCUCAAAGUACGGCGUCGAUAUAAGUUAUGUUGCAGUUGGCAAUGAACCUUUCCUCAAGACGUACAAAAGCAUGUAUAAGCAAACCACCCUUCCAGCCCUCCAGAAUGUCCAGGCGGCCCUCAUCAAGGCCGGCCUCGGCAAACAGGUGAAGGUGACCAUCCCUCUGAACGCCGACGUCUACCAGUCUCCCAACGGCCUCCCCUCCGCCGGCGACUUCCGCUCCGAUAUCAAAGACCUCAUGCUACGCAUCGUCCGCUUCCUCCAGGACAACGGCGGCCCCAUCACCAUCAACAUCUACCCCUUCCUCAGCCUCUACGCCGACCCCCACUUCCCCAUCGACUACGCCUUCUUCGGCGGCACCUCCUCCCCUGUCGUCGACGGCUCCAUCUCCUACACCAACGUCUUCGAAGCCAAUUACGACACCCUCAUCUGGGCCCUCGAGAAGAACGGCUUCGGCAACAUGCCCGUCAUCGUCGGCGAGAUUGGCUGGCCGACCGACGGCGACCCCCACGCCAACGUCGAGUACGCCCGCCGCUUCAACCAGGGGCUCUUGAACCGCAUCGCGCAGCACCAGGGCACCCCGAAGCGGCCGAUGACGCCGCCCGACAUCUACAUCUUCGCGCUUAUCGACGAGGACAGAAAGAGCAUCGAGCCGGGGAAUUUCGAGCGCCACUGGGGCCUCUUCUACUACGACGGCACCGUCAAGUACCCACUGGUGCUCGACAACGGCCAGAAUUUGACGCAAGCCAAGGGAGUGAAGUAUUUGGACAGACAGUGGUGCGUGCUGGCCCCGGAGAUCAGCAUCGGCGAUCCGCGGAUCGCCGACAGCGUCAAUUACGCUUGCACGUACGCCGACUGCACGAGCCUGGGCUAUGGGUCGUCGUGCAACGGAUUGGACGUGAGGAGCAACAUAUCUUAUGCGUUCAACCAGUUCUACCAGGAGGCGGACCAGCAGAAGGGGGCGUGCAACUUCUCGAAUUUGUCGGUGAUCACGCAGACCGACCCAUCGCAGCAGAAUUGCAGGUUUGAGAUCAUGAUCGAUACCGGGAAGCAUGAGGAGGCUGUCACUUCUGCUUCAGCCAGGAGUUCCUGGAGGCCAUUGCUGCUUGGUUCGGCGUUGCUGCUGUCGUGGAGCUUGGGUGCUCUUCGUUAAGCUAAUUACCAGGAGACAGAUGAAGACAAUAUUUAUGAACUUCGGUUCUCGGUUACUGCUCUUGUUCCUUCCUUUCAUGCCACGUCCUUUGUGUGCCCCUCUGUAUUAAUUUCAUUUCCGAAGAACUAUAAAUAGCUUUUUGAUGAUUGCUUUUACGAGUUGGCCGAUGGAUGCCAAUCGUUUAGGCAGGCAUUCUAAGGUUAAGGGUCAGAGAGAUUCAUAAGGCUUGGCGCCCUCGUGGCCAAGCUAAUGAGCAGGACCUUCUGUAAUUGUCAUGCCAGCUGGAGUUGUGUGGGAGCUGUAAUUCUUUUACUUCAAAUAAAUUCUGGUGGCAUUGUUGCCUC